AUGGGAUUGGAUGAAGAGGUUCUAUCUAGAUUCAAUGACAACCGUCUCAAAGACUUUUGGUAUGGCCCUUUGGAGGAACUGGCGCUUUUCAAUUUUUGGAAAAGUGUUAAAGACAAAGAAGAAGGAUCCAAUCUUCAAUCAAACGAUCCGUUUGAUGAUGUGCUAGUUUUGCCUAGAGUAUAUGACAAGAAAGGUGAUCGUAAGCGUAAGACACAAGAACACUUUCCUUCUGUGGCAACUAGUACCAAAUGGCUAGAAUGGUACAAUAAAAAGGAUCAAGCGAAGAAAGAGCAGGAAAAAGCUAAGCUAGCAAGGAUCGAGCAAAGAAAACUGCUGAAAGAGCAAAAGGAAGAAGAAAAUCUAAUGAAAAAGUUGUCUAGAGAAAGCAAGCAAAAUGUUAUAAAAAAAGCCGAAGCAGCAAAGUAA